AUGUCCAAUGUGCCUUCAUCUAGAUAUGCUGCUGCAAUAUCAGCCCUUUCCCUCAGUUUACCUGCUGUUAACUCCAACCCACCGCUUACCCCCAAAUCAUCCCUUACCCUCAAAUCCCUGACCCCUAAACCACUAGUUGACCCUACCCCCAAACCACCCCUUACCAUCAAACUAUCAUCAUAUCCCCCUUCACCUGAGAUUUUCGGGUCAGAUGAUGAGGAACAGGAGAAUCCAUCUGAAUACUGUAUAGGUGGCUACUACCCGGUGGAAAUUGGAGCAAUAUUCAUUGACCGUUACCAGGUGGUGAAGAAGUUGGGAUGGGGCCACUUCUCCACUGUGUGGCUAGGCUGGGACAUUGAGAAGAGGCGUUUUGUGGCUCUGAAGGUGGUAAAGAGUGCUCCAACCUUCACAGAGACUGGUUUGGAUGAGAUCAAGCUUCUGAAAUGUGUAAGGGACAGUGACCCAUCUGACCCUAAACGAGACACUGUUGUGCAACUUAUCGAUGACUUCAAGGUCUCUGGAGUCAAUGGGGAGCAUGUAUGCAUGGUUCUUGAAGUGCUGGGUCACCAACUGCUGAAGUGGAUCAUCAAAUCCAACUACACUGGCCUUCCCCUGCCCUGCGUUAAGAGCAUCCUCAGACAGGUUCUCCAGGGCUUAGAUUACUUGCACACUAAAUGCAAGAUUAUCCACACAGACAUUAAGCCAGAGAACAUCCUUUUGAGAGUGGAUGAUGUUUACGUCCAGGAGCUGGCAGCCGACACCAACCUACAGGAGCUGCCAGUUUCUCCUGCUCCCACAAGCUGUUCAGGGUUCAGUGAAACAGAUAUGUUGGUGAAUCUUCUGAAGCCACAGAAUGCUGAUGAAAUCAGCAUCAAGAUUGCAGAUCUGGGCAACGCCUGCUGGGUGUACAAACACUUCACAGAGGACAUCCAGACCUGUCAGUACCGCUCUGUGGAGGUCCUGAUUGGGGCUGACUAUGGCACUCCUGCAGACAUCUGGAGCACAGCCUGCAUGGCAUUUGAGCUGGCCACUGGGGAAUAUCUGUUUGAACCCCAUUCAGGGGACAACUUCUCUCGAGAGGAAGAUCACAUUGCUCACAUAAUUGAGUUGCUGGGACCCCUUCCAUCCCAGUUUGCCCUCUCAGGGAGAAACUCCAGGCGAUAUUUCAAUCACAAAGGGCAUCUGCGGCGCAUCUCAAGGCUGAAGCCGUGGAGUUUGUGUGAGAUCCUGCUGGAUAAAUACGAGUGGCCACGGGAGCAGGCAGUCCAGUUCAGUGCCUUCCUCCUCACCAUGCUGGAGCCCCUCCCAGAGAAGAGAGCCACCGCUGCCCAGUGUCUAAAACAUCCCUGGAUCUCCUCAUAGACAUCAUACCUAGUGUUAUCUAGUGGUGGCUCUAUCUACCAUGUUACCUAGUGUCUGAACCCCUCUGGUAUCCUCAUGGACACAGAGUCGCCACCACUGCCCAGUGUCUGAACCACCCUGGAUUACAUCACAGACAGCCGUCUCACCGAGGCCACACAGGUGAAGUCCCUUAAUAUGAUGAUGAUUUCAAGGGCAAAUCCACCAAUUUUAAACCUCAUGUCAUUAUCUCUAGCACAAUACCAGUGUCUACAUAUGUGAAAUAUGUGUAUUUCUACUUUUUGUAGAACAAAAUAUAAAUUUCAAAAGUUAAACCCGAUGACAUCAUCAAAAGUUAAAACAUUUUUUUUUAAAUGUGAUUUUCUAACACUGUGAGAUACGCGGCGACGUGGGGAGCAAGAAAAUACCCUCCCUCUGACUAGAAACUUGUUGCAGGUUUAGAAAAUCAGUUUCUCUUACUUUUAAUCCUACCCUAUGAUGUCACAGAGAAGUCUUUUUUAGGACCUUAUCUGUUUAA